AUGGACUCACCACAGACCAGUGCCGAAAUAGGCGGGUUUGGAAAGCCUAUCGUCAACUUCCGUCCUAACCUCUGGCGCCAUCUGGACAAAGAUCGCCCAAUCCUCAAUCUCGACCUGUUCUGGCCGAUCAAACUUGAUGACCUCAACGAUGAUGAAGAGGAGGAGAACAGCGACGGCGACUCCAAGGACGUCUUCCCAUUCAAGGAGCUCAAGCCUCUACAGACCUUCCACAAUCUCCACUACCUUCAGCUGAAUGGCAUGAUGCGAUCCUAUCAACCGAUCAUCUGGGCCACCUGUUGGUUGAACAAGAACCUCACCAAGCUCCACCUUGAAAUGGCACUCGAACCAGAAAUGAACAAAGACUCCAAGCACAAGUACCGCAAGAUCGACGAGACAUGGUCCUACGACGGCUCCUCCGACCGACAGGUUGACGCCGAAUAUCUAGGCUCUCACGGCGAAGGUAUCUUGCAUCCAGAGUUCGGCGUCGGCGAAUACCUCGACCAGCACGCCAUGAAGCAAGCCCAGAUUGACGUGGUUGAGUCCCUUCCCAUCGACAACAUGCGACAUCUUCCCAUCAGCCAUCUCACGUUGAUGAAUUUCGCCGUCGACGCUGGCCCGUUUUUCCGCUGGUUCGAUCCCAAGAAACUCGUCGAGAUCACCUUCCUCGGACAAUGCAUCGACACCGGCUUCUACUUGCCCGACAAUAUGCGCUUCCUCGUCAAAGCCACCGGCCCAAAGCCGAGACCCUGCCCACAACCCAUGGUGGCCAGAGUCGUCAAACCAGGCGAAGUCAAGCUGGUGACGUUGAAGGGGGGGAAGGUGGUUCCACAGGAACCGACCGGGGGUGUGGCUGUCGCCGGGAAGGGCGUCAAGACCAAGCUGAGCCAGAUGAUGCGCUUGGGAAAGAAGGACUCCAAGGAGGCAAAGGAGUCGAAGGAUACUGCGCAGCUAGAGCGCAACAUGGCCAACAUGGCCCUUUAG